AUGUUGCAGUCUCUGUAUACGAAAGUGUUCGAGUAUUUUGAAGGAAAUGAGUACAUGUUGUACGUUGUAGCUGGAAAUGCAGUUGCUGCCUCCUCCUUCUGGCUCUAUAAUCUCUUCUUCAUAAUCAUUGAUGUCACUGAUCCGAAAUGGGUGCAACCUUACAAAAUUCAGGAGGAGAAGAAGCCUUCGUUAUCAAAAUACUUGAGUAUACUGAAAGUGGUUGGUCCGAAUCAAUUGAUUGUCACUCCGAUAGUCACAACAAUUUGGUUCUACAUUGCUAAAUGGUGGGGAAUGGAUUUCGGACCAGUGAUUCCUUCUUGGUGGGUUCUAUUGAGGAACUUAGCUGUUUGUAUGGCAGUGGAUGAGAUUGGUUUUUAUUAUACUCAUAGAAUCCUUCACCACCCAAAACUUUACAAACACAUUCACAAGAAGCAUCACGAAUGGACUGCUCCAGUUUCAAUCGCUAGCAUCUACGCUCACCCACUGGAACACGCUAUUUCAAACUUGAGCCCAAUUGCCCUGGGAGCAGUUCUAUUCCGUUUCCACGUAAUGUCUUAUUAUCUGUUCACAUCAUACGCAAUUCUUGCAACAACUUUCCAUCAUUCUGGAUACCAUUUCCCAUUCAUGUUCUCAGCAGAGCAUCAUGAUUUCCAUCAUAAAGUAUUCAACGAGUGUUACGGUUUUGGACCACUCGACUGGCUCCACGGAACUGACAAAACUUUCCGCAAAUCAAUUGAGCAUCCACGGGAUUAUGUGUAUUAUGGAACGACACCAAUGAAAGAACUGAUUCCCGAUGUCACCCAAAAAAAUAAUAACAAGAAAGAAGAAGUGAAUAUGGAGAAUAUUGUGCAGAGGAACAAGAUAAUUUGA